CCCCGGGCUGUGGAGGUUGGGGCCGGGACCGGGGCCGGGACCCGGGAGAGGCGGAGAGAGCCGGGCCGGGACCCAGACCCGGAUCGCAUCCAGCCCCAGAUCCAGAGAGAUCCAGACCCAAGCCGAGCGAGGGAGGACGAGGAGGAGGAGCCGGAGCCGGAGCCGGAGCGGGAGGAGCCCUCUCCUCCCCGCCCCUCGCCAGACUCCCCCCCCCCCUUCAGCCUCCCUCCCCCACCGCAAGGUCCUCCUCUCUGCUCCGGCUGCUCCCCAGAAGCCCCUCCUCCGCAUCCCCGGCCGGGCUCCUUUCCCAGCUCGCGCCUCCCCCUCCCCGCAGUCCCCUCCCCCCAUCGGGAGAUUCCCCCUCCCCGCCUCCCGGGCCGGGGGCAUUGUUCCCGGGGAAGGUCCGGAGAGAGGCUGGCGGGCGGGGCCAUGGGGGCCCGGCCCCCUCCGCCGCCCGGGCAGGGUCUGGGGGUCCCCCCCGGGGCCCUGUGAGCCGAGCCCGCCCAGCGCCCGGCCGCGCGGCCGCCCGGCUCCCUGCCCCGGCUCCCCUCCCCUCCCCCAGGUGAUCCGCCUCGGCCGGGGGGGAGGCUCGGGGGCUCCCGCGGCCAUGGUGGACCCCGUGGGCUUCGCCGAGGCGUGGCGGGCUCAGUUCCCGGCCUCGGAGCCUCCCCGCAUGGAGCUGGGCUCGGUGAGCGCCAUCGACAGGGCUCCAGCGCGCCGGUUCCUGCAGACGCUGCUGGCCAAGGAGAGGAAGAGCUACGACCGGCGGCGCUGGGGCUGCCCCGGGGCCGAGCCCCCGGCCGAGCCCCCGGCCGCCGAGCGGGAGGGCCCCGGCAAGCCCCCGCGGACGCCCCCGGCCGCCGAGCGGGAGGGCCCCGGCAAGUCCCCGCGGACGCCCCCGGCCGCCGACGGCUCGCCCCGCGCGCGCUCCCGGGGCCAGCCGCCCAGCGUGGCCGCCCUGCGCUCCACCUUCGAGCGGGCCCGCGGCGGCCCCGGGCCCGGCGGCGGCGGCGGCGACGACAAGCCCUUCUACGUGAACGUGGAGUACCACCAGGAGCGCGGGCUGGUGAAGGUCAACGACAAGGAGGUCUCGGAGCGCAUCAGCUGCCUGGGCAGCCAGGCCAUGCAGCAGGAGCGCCGCAAGGGCCAGCCACCUGCCGGGGCCCCCGCCGCCCGCCCCGCCUGCUGGGAGCCCGCCGCCGCCGCCGGCGACUACGGAGACGCGGCUCAACCCCCGAGGAGGACUUCUCCUCGGGCCCCAGCCCCACGGCCGGGGGCCCUCGGGGCCCAAAGGCCGCUCGCCGUCCGACCUCGCGUCCCUGGACGGCAGCCCCAGCCCCAGGCCCAGAAGCGGCCCCGGCCGGGCCAGGUGGUGGUGGCCGAAGCCACCAUCGUGGGCGUCCGCAGGACGGGCCAGAUCUGGCCCGGGGACGACGGCGCGGCCGCCCGGGAGGGGGCCUUCCCCGGAGAACCAGACACGGCGUUUGGGACCCCGCCAGGCUACGCCUAUGACGCGGACCACGCAGAGGAGCAGCGGCGCCAGCAGGACCGGAUGCCCUUCAUCGACGACUCGCCCUCCUCCUCGCCGCGCCUCGGGGGCCAGAGCAGGGUCGGCCGCGAUGUGCUGACCUCGGGCACGAGCGAGCUGGACGUGGAGAAGGGCCUGGAGAUGAGAAGAUGGGUCCUGUCCGCCAUCUUGGACAGUGAAAAAACCUACCUGGGCCACCUGGAGGCCCUGCUGCUGCCCAUGAAGCCCCUCAAGGCCGCGGCCACCACGUCCCAGCCGGUGCUGACGGGCCAGCAGAUCGAGACCAUCUUCUUCAACGUCCCGGAGCUCUACGAGAUCCACAAGGAGUUCUACGACGGGCUGGGCCCCCGCGUGGAGCGCUGGAGCCAGCAGCAGCAGGUCGGGGACCUCUUCCAGAAGCUGGCCCGCCAGCUCGGGGUGUACCGGGCCUUCGUGGACAACUACGAGGCGGCCAUCGAGAUGGCGGACCGGUGCUGCCAGGCCAACGCCCAGUUUGCCGAGAUCUCGGAGAACCUGCGAGCCCGAAGCAUGAAGGACUCCAAAGAUCCGACGACCAAAAACUCUUUGGAAACUCUGCUUUACAAGCCCGUGGACCGCGUGACCCGCAGUACCCUGGUCCUUCACGACUUGCUGAAGCACACACCUUCCAGCCACCCCGACCACCCCCUGCUGCAGGACGCCCUGAGGAUCUCCCAGAACUUCCUGUCCAGCAUCAACGAGGAGAUCACGCCCCGGAGGCAGUCCAUGACAGUCAAGAAGGGCGAGGUGAGUGAGCGGGAGCGCCCCGUGCAAGGAAACACAGAGGAAGCCUGUGAGUGAGCCAGCGAAGUCUAUGGGGAGGAAGGGAGAGGGGGAGGGAGCCAGUGCUCGUGUGCAAGUGAGAAAGUGUGCAAGUGAGAAAGUGAGUGUGCAAUUGUACAUGUGCAUGAGGAACUGUGUGUGUGAGGAAGGGAGUGAGGAAAUAAGUCUGCAAGUGUACGUGUGCAUGAGGAAGUGUGUGUAUGAGGAAGGCAGUGAGGAAAUAAGUGUAUAAGUGCACAUGUACAUGAGGGAGUGAGCAAGUGAGAAAGUGAGUGUGAAAGUACACAUGUGCAUGAGAAAGUGAGAAAGUGAGUAUGAAGAGUAAGUGUGCAAUUCUACAUGUGCAUGAGGAAGUGUGUGUGUGAGGAAGGGAGUGAGGAAAUAAAUGUGCAAGUGCACAUGUGCAUGAGGAAAGGAGCAAGUGAGGAAGUAAAUGUGCAAGUGCACACGUGCAUGAGGAAGUGAGCGAGUGAGAAGUGUGUAAGUGCACACGUGUUUGAGAAGUGCACAUGAGCAAGUGAGGAACUAAGUGUGUAAGUGCACAUGUGCAUGAGGAAGUGAGCAAGUGAGGAAGUAAAUGUGCAAGUGCUCAUGUGCAUGAGGAAGCGAGUGAGAAAGUGAGUAAGAAAAUAAGUGUGAAAGGGCACAUGUGCAUGAGCAAGUGAGGAAGUAAGUGUGCAAGUGCACACGUGCAUGAGGAAGUGAGCGAGUGAGAAGUGUGUAAGUGCACAUGUGUAUGAGACGUGCAUAUGAGCAAGUGAGGAAGUAAAUGUGCAAGUGCUCAUGUGCAUGAGGAAGGAGGAGAAAGGAA